AUGGGUGACAACGAACAGAAGGCACUGCAGCUGAUGGCUGACGCCGAGAAGAAGUUGACACAACAAAAAGGCUUUCUAGGCUCUCUUUUCGGAGGCGGCUCAAACAAGGUUGAAGAUGCCAUCGAGUGCUAUCAACGUGCUGGCAACAUGUUCAAAAUGUCAAAGAACUGGACAAAAGCAGGCGAAUGUUUCUGCGAGGCGGCCACUUUGCACGCACGCGCCGGGAGUCGCCAUGAUGCAGGCACCUGCUAUGUGGAUGCCUCCAACUGCUACAAAAAGGUUGAUGUUGAGAACGCAGUCGCCUGUCUGAUGAAGUCCAUAGACAUUUACACGGACAUGGGUCGAUUCACGAUGGCCGCCAAGCACCACCAAAGCAUCGCUGAAAUGUACGAGGCUGAUUCCAAUACUCUGGCUCAAUCAAUUCAACACUAUGAGCAGGCUGCAGACUACUUUAAGGGCGAGGAGUCUGUGAGCUCGGCCAACAAGUGCAUGCUGAAGGUGGCCCAGUACGCAGCCCAGUUGGAGGACUACGAGAAAGCAAUAUCAAUAUACGAGCAGGUGGCAGCCUCGUCGCUGGAAAGCUCGCUGCUCAAGUACAGCGCCAAGGAGUACUUCUUUCGCGCGGCUCUCUGUCAUUUGAGUGUCGAUCUGCUGAAUGCCCAGCAUGCAAUCCAGAAAUAUGCGGAACAAUAUCCAGCAUUCCAGGACUCGCGAGAGUUCAAGCUCAUUAAGAUUUUGUGCGAGCAUCUCGAGGAACAGAACAUUGAGGGCUUUACAGAGGCCGUUAAGGACUACGACAGCAUCUCGCGAUUGGAUCAGUGGUACACCACCAUUUUACUUCGAAUCAAGAAGGCUGCGGACGAGGAUCCCGAUUUGCGAUAAAUUAAUCAAACCCACACUAUCUGAUCUGAUAAAUUCACAUACACAUUUACUAAAUGCUUUAUUUGUUUCGGAAAUUAAUCUACCUAUACAAUAUAGCUACAAAUUAAUUAAACAAGUGGCAAUGCUUGUGCCAGAAAAGACACACAUAAUCCAAAAACAAGAACUAACUUACAGUUGAAUAAUAAAUAAAGCAUCCGCCCCAUAAAAUGGCAGCUUUUUCAAAUGGGUAAAGCUAUCAGUAAAGUUCAGAAUAUUCCUCUUGCAACGAAUACAAAAACAAGCCAAAUGCCACUGUUAAUAUGUUUUGAAAAUUGUGCAAAUUCUGUUACCCAUAAUCAUUUUUGUUGCACAUUUGUACGAAUGUGAAUGUACGGCCAUGUGUGGCAUGUACGUUACAUUUGAUUUGUUAUUUAAUUUUUUUUAAUUAGAAAAAUGUUAAAUUGGCUGCUGUUUUAUUUGAAAAGUGGUAGCUUCUACAAUCUGAAUGUUUUUAUUGUGUGAACAUUGCAAAAUAAUUAUAUAAAAUUAAUGUUUUAACCGAUGUUUGGAAUGUUUGUUCGUUGAAUCAAAUUAGAACUCCUCCCCAUUGAUAAUGCACAGAGAAAAGUAAAAGAGAGUUUUAGAAUGCGCAACCUACCAACCCAACUAUAUAUGUAUGUCCAUAAAUAUAUAUGUAUCGAAAAUUAUCCCCCUAUAAAUAAUAUUCAAACGAGA